AUGUCCGUCGAUCCAGCAACAGGAACUCCCCUCCCCCAGACGCCCUCCAGCGCGUCCUCUUCGUCGUCCACCCCGUCCACGUCUACAACAUUCCCCCUCGCCUCCACCAAGGGCUACUCGGCAUCCACCUGGACCGAAGACCCCGCCCGCCACAUCUUCACCGCCCGCUGCCGCGUGAUUGAGACCUCGUACGAGCAGCAGAGCGCCGCCGGCCAAGCCCAAGAAGUCCUCAAGGCCGACGUCGUCCUCGAGGACCCCAAGACGGGCGAGCUCUUCGCCGCCGCCCCCUACACCGACGAAGCCGCCGUCGAACCCGCCGUCCUCGGCAUCGGCUUCGAGGACCGCAGCGACGCCUUUGACUUUGGCGUCGCCCUCCAAGAGGUUAGAAAGUCCGUCUUGGCCCCCGGCGCCGACGCCGACUCCGCCUCCGAUCCUGCCCGCGCCAAGGAGAAGAAACAGGCCGAGACCCGCGACCUCAGCCUCAAGGAGGGCGAGACCAUCACCGUGAGCUUUGGCGGGUCCAAGUUCCAGCGCCGCCACCGCCCCAGGGACGAUGACUCCGUGCCCACCGGCGGCGACUUGUCCGCCUUCUCCCUUCCCCGCCCCCAGCGCUGCUUCAAGCUCCUCAGCCUCCAUAGGCUCGUUCCUACCCCUCCCCGCUAG